CAACUUCUACCCUUCAUUCAUCUUGCUCGCCAUCAUUCAUCGAUCAAACUCCGAGCACUCAUUCCUCAAGUUCCACUCGCGAGAUCCAUUCGUCUGAACGUUGUUUCAUCGUACUUUCAAUCUAUUUCUUCCUCAACAAUGUGCCACCGAGUUAUCUGCCACGACUGUGGCAAAUAUACAUGGGAAGGAUGCGGACUUCAUAUUGCGCAGGCACUCGCAGGUUUGUCGCUCGAACAAAUCUGUUCCUGCGACGAUGACCAUGACAGUGAGCACUCCUGGGCCACAAUCACCUCUCCAACAUCCAAGCGAUUUAUUCCACGUUAUCCACUUCCUUAUCAGACAUCCAGCGAUCAGGCGGGUGCAUCAUCUUCUGCGACAGGGGCAACAACGUCAACAUCAUGUGAUACUGUCCACAGCCCAUCAGAACCCUGCCCCAACCCUUCACCAGUUGAGUAUAAGCUGUCCAAAAUCUCCACAACAUCGGCAGCAGAGGCAGCAAUGCGAAAAGCGCAGCAGGCGGCCGCAUUAGAGGAACUCAGGAGGAGAAAAGAGCAGAAGGAAAAAGAAAUCAAGACCACGAAUCAGGACGCGCUCGAACGACUACUGCAGGGCUUAUCACAGGUUACAGAGAACACUGCCGACGAGGUCAAUCCUGAAAGCUGAUGAACGGGAGAGAAGGCCGUACUUUUUUUUC